UUAGGAGCCUCUCUUUUCCCUCCUACCCUGAUUCCAAGAAGAGGACACAGGUGCCUUCAGUAGAGACUCCUGGCUCCCCCCACCCCACCUCACAGAUGCUUUAGGAAACCUCAGGUGAGCAAUGGCAGGCGCUGGUGAGCGCAAAGGCAAGAAGGAUGACAAUGGCAUCGGCACAGCCAUUGAUUUUGUGCUUUCCAAUGCCCGGCUGGUGCUGGGUGUUGGUGGAGCAGCCAUGUUGGGCAUCGCUACCCUGGCAGUUAAGCGGAUGUAUGAUCGGGCAAUCAGUGCCCCUACCAGCCCCACCCGCCUGAGCCAUUCAGGGAAGAGGAGCUGGGAAGAGCCAAACUGGAUGGGCUCCCCUCGACUGCUGAACAAGGACAUGAAGACAGGCCUAAGCCGGUCCCUGCAGACUCUUCCCUCAGACUCCGCUGCCUUUGACACAGAUACAUUCUGCCCACCCCGGCCCAAACCGUUGGCCAGGAGGGGCCAGGUAGACUUGAAGAAGUCACGACUCCGCAUGUCCCUGCAGGAGAAACUUCUUUCUUACUACCGGAACCGGGCGGCCAUCCCUGCUGGAGAGCAGGCUCGGGCCAAGCAAGCAGCGGUGGACAUAUGUGCUGAGCUCCGGAGCUUCCUGCGGGCCAAGCUGCCUGACAUGCCACUUCGGGACAUGUACUUGAGUGGCAGCCUCUAUGAUGAUCUGCAGGUGGUGACAGCUGAUCACAUCCAACUCAUUGUCCCCCUUGUGCUGGAGCAGAACCUGUGGUCAUGCAUACCUGGCGAGGACACCAUCAUGAACAUGCCUGGAUUCUUCCUGGUCCGCCGUGAGAACCCAGAGUACUUUCCUCGUGGUAGCAGUUAUUGGGACCGCUGUGUUGUAGGCGGCUACCUCUCCCCAAAGACGGUGGCAGACACAUUUGAGAAGGUAGUGGCAGGCUCUAUCAACUGGCCAGCCAUAGGGUCCCUCUUGGACUGUGUGAUCCGACCAGCACCACCCCCAGGGGCCCUGACACUAGAAGUACAGUAUGAGAAGGACAAACAUCUUGUCAUUGACUUCCUGCCGUCAGUGACCCUUGGUGACACUGUCUUAGUGGCCAGGCCACACCGGUUAGCUCAGUAUGCUAACCUGUGGCGGCUGAGCUUGCGUCCUGCUGAGACGGCACGUUUACGGGCUUUGGACCAGGCCGACUCGGGCUGUCGGUCUCUGUGCCUCAAGAUCCUCAAGGCCGUAUGCAAGUCCACUCCAGCUCUGGGCCACCUCACUGCCAGCCAGCUAACCAAUGUCAUCCUCCACUUGGCCCAGGAGGAGGCUGACUGGUCUCCAGACAUGCUGGCCGACCGUUUCCUGCAGGCUCUGAGGGGACUCAUCAGCUACUUGGAGGCUGGAGUCUUGCCCAGUGCCCUGAACCCCAAGGUGAACCUAUUUGCAGAGCUCACCCCUCAAGAAAUAGACGAAUUGGGAUAUACUCUCUACUGCUCGUUGUCUGAGCCGGAGGCGCUGCUGCAGACGUAGGGCAGGUGAAGGCCGGAGUGGGCAUCGGGUGAUCAGACCCAGAGUCUCCGUUAGAAACACUUGGCUACAUGGUUGCUGCCUCACAGGGUCCCUAGGUGCCUCCUGUUUUGCUGGUCGUUGUCCUGGUCACUUCAUGCUGAUUAGAAUGACAUCCCUUUGGUUUCCCCACCCUUCCCUAUUUUUGUUACCAAACACUGUGCUCCCUACUGCCGCCUUGCUCUAGGCUGAUCUUUCUGGAACGAACAGAGAAGGUGGAGUGCUGGCCUCAGCUGUUGGGUGUCUCUUUUUUUGCCCCAAAUUUCUUGCGUUUCUGUCUUCUCUACAUUCUUCUGCCUUUUGGCCUCUUAUUUGCUCUUCUCUGUCUUUCCCUUUCUUGGUCACACCUGUUUGCUCUGCCCCUGGAGCACGUCUGCCUAAUGAAGAUGUCGCCUGUGGUCUGUACACAAGAGCUGAUUGCAUGUUUUCAAGCUGAGCUCUGCAGAGUAAUGAGACAGUAUUUAGAUUUCCGGGGGGAGGCUGGCAGAGUCUCUGCCCUGGCAAAUCAGCCUUUGACUCUGCUUCCUGGAAAGCAAGCUCUUCCCUUUCCCCUCCCCUCUCCCAAGCAACUCCUGUUUAUUUGUGCUAAGACUUUUUCACCUGGGGAUGGUGCACUGACCCCACAGCCGGAGCCGGAUGCAGUUGUUUUACUGGAGAUUGUGCUGUUUUAUGGCAGCAUGGGGGAGGAGGGGCUCUGUGUUCCCACUGACUGUUUCUGUCUGUGGUCACUAAAGUCACACAGACAGGGAAGGCUGGGGGGCUUCACAGGCAGCACCUCCAAGGAUGCUGGUUUCCUUUAUUGCCAACAGAAGAAGGCCUUGUUUUAGCAGUAGAGGCCAAGGGAGGGCUACAGGAAGCUGAGUGUCAGCUGAAACCCAGUGACCAUGUUUUCUUCUUGACAGGCUCUACCUUUCUUAAAUGUUGCCUUAGAGCAAGAACAUACCCAGGGCCAAUGCCUCUCACCUGACCCCUGUCCUCAGCGAUCUGAGAGAGUGUUUGCUGAGCACUGUAGGUACCUCCACAGGCCAGAGGGCACAUGGACAUGCCAGCCCUCGUCCCUCGCCUGUCUCCUGGGGAGAUUGGUGCUACCUAGGAGGAUAGUACAUAGAUAAGACAUACAGGAAAGAGUUGGGGCUUCCCACAUUGCUGCUAAGAUCCAUAUGUAUGGCCAUGUAAUCGUAUCCUACGGGUUGGGGGAAGGGAGGUGUUUAAUAUGUCAGUGUGUCUUUUUCUUCCGUUCCUGACAAGAGGCUGACAGUAUCUGGUUCUAUUCGCCCGUCUAGCAUUUGUUCUCCAUCAAGUCUUUCUAUUUUACCUGUUACUACCUCUCCAGCAGUGUGAUUCUGCAGCUGUGUUGGCCCUUCCUAAUGAGGGGGAAUGAGUGACUAUAAAUGGCACUGACCCUGGGCAACCCACUUGAAAUUAGGGUAGAGAUAGGUACCUGCCACCCCCCCCCCAUAGGUUAGGAGGUGUGAGCCAGGCUCUAUUUAGUUUUCUGCCUCUUCUCCCGUAUAUAUGUAAAGACUCCUUCAGGAGUUUCUCUUUGAUUUGUGUAAGAUAGUAUGAGAAACUUGAAAAAGAGAAAGCCAAGAACCUUAAGAACCUUCAAUGAAACAUGCCCCUGGCUGUUCAUAAUAAUGAAAUGGGAGUUGAAGACAUGUGUUGCCUAGGUUAGACUGAGUAGGUAUAGAAGGGCUGACAUUGAGGGGACCAAGGUUCUAGCUGGUGCCUGUUGGGGGGGGGGUGUUGAUAGACUGCUGCAAAAUCAGAUUUUGUUUAGAUAGAGUUGAAUUUCCUGUUGUAAGUAUUAUAAGACUUUCCCAAGCUGUCAUCUCUGAACCGAUUCUAUUUAAGAUACCGGAAAGAGUGCAAACAAAGCCCCCAAAUUUGAAGAUGCUUGAGAUGUUAAAUAUCCCAAAUAAUCACAGCCGUAUGUCAUUGUGAAUUUAGGCAAACAGUGAAUUUGUCUCCUGUCUUCAGGAGCAGCUUUGACUUUGGACUGUGCUUUGACUUGGCCAUCUUAGAAGUCCUCAGAACAAGGAGAGGGGAACAGCUCUGCCCUGUGGGUUGUUCUUAGCUGGGCGGGCCUUCCUCUUUGCUGUCACUUUCUUUGUCAUAUGUAUGGGAGGUGGCAGAUGCUCUGGGACGCUUGGAUGGAGCGUCACUGUCGGAAGACCCAGAGGCUGUGCCUCCACCCUGCCUUUCUCUACAGUACCUCCCAGACUCCAUGCUUGAUGCCUGAAGCUGUACUCAGUACCUAGGUAACCAAGCAAAUCCCAAGUUUCGUUUGGUUCUUCUCUGUUGCCCUUUCUCUCAAACACGGAAUUCAGGAUAGCAGUUUUUUUCUUCAUAUUAACAGUUGAGACUUUUUAAAAAAUAAAAUGGAAAAACUAUUGGAGACGCCUCAUCUCCUUGGGCAAGGCCCUGGCUGAUUUUACUCUACCAUAAUCCUCCCUUUAAAGAGCUCAGAUGGUUGAGGUGAAUCAGCUUCAGGAACAAGGCCCUGAGGGACCCUGAGAGCAAGGGUGUUCCAUGUGUUCAGAGCCUUCUGCCAAGGUACACUUCCUUGGGAUUACGACUUGGUAAGACUGAGAGCAUCUGCUACAACUCUAGCAUUUUUUUUUUUUUUUUUUGCUUAAAAGCUCAAGGCUAAGGUAAAUGGAGAGGCACUUGGGACUAGAGUUUACCCUUGUACUAGGCUGGGAGGUUGUAAGCCUCUUAGACUUAUAAAUGGCCAAAAUACCAGGAUGUAGGUUCAGUAUUUAACUGCAGACUGGGGGUGAGAUGGGUGUUAACUUUUAUUUUGAUUACCUUCUAGUCUUUAAACUCUUGGUCUGAGGCCAGGUCCACACCUUGCCUUUGUGCCUGCCCUGCCAAGAUUUCAGUGUGGUAAGCUGGUAGAAUGGAACCAGUCACCAAUUGUGUCCUGUCUGGGCUGGGUCCAUAUAGGAGCAGCUUAGCUUUGAGGCCCAGAGAACCUUUAUUCCUUUUUCUCCUUGAAGGAGGAAAUUCAACUGGGGAAAACAGCAUCUUCUGCAGCACGGGAAGAAGAAAAUAAAAAUCUCCUUUCCAACA